GCUCGGCCUCUGAUUGGCUGCUCACUCCACCUGAGAGUCGACGGACUAGUUCCGGGAUUCCGAUGUCGGCCUAGCAAGCGAGCUAACUAGUUUGCUAGCGGCUAACUCAAGGAGGACCGUAACGACCCACACCCUACAGGCAAGACAGCUCGCAUGCUCGGUAUCAGGGGCGUCCAGCAGCUGAUGCACAGAGCCAGUGGGUGAAAGACGACGGGGGAAAAAGUGAAAAAGGACUAAAAUGCAUCAGACUACGUAACACCACCAAUGCACAUGGCUUUGUUUAAGAGAUGCAGAAUGGGAAAGGAGGUCUAUCUGCAGAGAAUUUGGAGGCGGGAGAGGUCUCUACACGCAGACCCGGCCAAGUGCGGUGACACCUCGAUGACAUACACAGGGCUUCUUUUUGGAAUGAGUUGAUUUUAUCCCCAUACUUACGCAAAGACUGAAGGCGGGGGUCUCACAAGAACCAGGGGACUCUGCUUGGCUAUUUGAGCUAUUUUACCUGUACAGGCAAGGCUAGACAUCAUUUUUUUAAAAACAUUUUUUAGCAGCUUUUUGAAAAUAAAUUCCAGCUGGACCUUUGUUUGACAUUGAGCAGCUUCCUGCAACUGGCUUAAAAGUGAAUUUGUUUGUUUAGUUGUUUUCCCCCUGCUGACUUAGUUUGAAACGCUGGAACUGUCCCUCCUGCCGCCAUCCUCAGUUUCUUCCACCCACCCAGUGCCUAAAUAAGCCCUCUCGGGACAAUCACAGAAGUCAUCAGCAGCUGCUGCGCUCAAUCCUCUGCCUGUUCUCCUCUAUGUGCUUCUGCUCUCGGCCUGCUGGCUAUCCACCCACUACCUCUUUUAAUUUUCUGGUCUUUUUCUUUUUAUAUUCAUUUUCUCUGAGAGGCAUAAACAGUACUCAAGCACAGUGACGAGCAUUAAUGUAAACACUGAGCGUCAGGAAUGGAGAGAAACCUCGGUUGAGUUUUAGUCGUGAGCGCUUUUGUGUUCAUGCACAGUGUUAACGGUUGCACUGGUGCCAGGGAGCAGUAAGAUUAGAUUUAUUUAUAUUGUUGCACCAAAUACAGUUACAUUAAAGCCAUACAAAAAUAUUUAUGAAUUACCUACACAUAUUUUUGUAUCACAUUGCUCUUGUGUAGUUUUGCUUUUCUAAGCUUCUAUCGAGAUUAUGCACACAGAUUAAAUAUUUACAGCAAGCUGUACACAUGCAAGUAAAGCUGUAUAUUGCUAUAUAAAGAAUAUCCUGUUUUUGAGUGAAUAUAUUAGUGCCAGGGGACAUUUAGUGUCGGGACACGCAGAAUCCUUCAUGUUUUCAUUCAGUUGCUGCUUUGCAUAGUGUGUUCUUUUCCAGUCUGUAGUCAUGGCCCCUCCUCCCAAACAAACCCCAUAUUCACCAUUUUGACCUGUAGAGCACACUUUACAGUAGGUAGACGGUAGAUAUCUACCUCUCUCUGUGUCUUCCUCCCCUCUCUCUCUGUCUCUGAUGCCGGGCUUCAGUGGUGGGGGGGUUGGGGGAGGAGUAGGUGUCCCUGCUUCUGCUCCUCCCCGUCCGUUUCGACCCAGCCGAUAUGUCCCGGUGUCUGCAGCCACCACUUUCCUUGUCGGAGCCACCACCCUCUUCUUCUGCUUCACGUGCCCGUGGUUGUCAGAGUAUUUGUCCUCUGUCAUUCCCAUCUACAUUGCCGUGAUCUUCCUCUUCACCCUCGCCAACUUCUGUAUGGCCACUUUCAUGGACCCCGGAGUCUUCCCCAGAGCGGAGGAGGAUGAGGACAAAGAGGAUGAUUUCCGUGCUCCGCUCUAUAAGACAGUGGAGAUCAAAGGGAUCCAGGUGCGCAUGAAGUGGUGCUCGACCUGCCGCUUCUACCGCCCGCCACGCUGCUCACACUGUUCAGUCUGCGACAACUGUGUGGAGGAUUUUGACCACCACUGUCCUUGGGUGAACAACUGUAUUGGUCGGAGGAAUUAUCGCUAUUUCUUCCUCUUCCUGCUGUCACUUACCACCCACAUCAUGAACGUAUUUGGCUUUGGCUUGGUUUAUGUUCUACACCACCGCCAGCAGCUGGACACGCCCCAUUCUGCUGUUACUAUGGCUGUAAUGUGUGUGGCUGGUCUGUUUUUUGUCCCAGUUGCUGGCCUGACUGGGUUCCACAUAGUGUUGGUUGCCCGCGGUAGAACCACAAAUGAACAGGUGACAGGAAAGUUUCGGGGAGGUGUUAACCCUUUCACCAACGGCUGCAUAAGGAAUAUUUCCCAUGUGCUGUGCAGCUCCCAGGCCCCCAGAUACAUGGGCCGGUGGCGGAGCCCUCAGGCAGUGGAUGUACAGCCACCAUUUCUCAGACCGCCUCUCACUGAGGCCCAGCUAGAAGCCAAGGUCCUGGACAACGGCAUCCAGAAUGACCGACACAGCACCAGGUCCAAGAGCAGUCUAGAUCAGAUGGAGAGCCAGUCAGCUGAUGCAGAGCCUCCACCUCCUCCAAAGCCGGAGCUUCGUUACCCUGGCCUGCCCCGUGCUGACACAGAGGAGAGCAGCCUGUUGACUGAAGCUCCACCUACACCAUCAAUGUACAAGUACAGACCAGCCUACAACAGCCCAGGAAGGAACCACACUGCCCUCACACACCCCAACAAGAUGAUCCGUGGGGAGAGUCUUGACUCUCCAUCUCCCUCCAUCCUCCAGUCCAGCCGUCAGCCUAGCUACCGCUCGGAGCCGAGCAGCCUGGACGGGACCACAGUAGUGGGGGGAGGUGUAGGGGCGCGCAGAGGGGGAGGGGAGAGGGGUGAGGGCCCCGGAGGCCCUGGCGGGACUGCUGGGAUGAUGACAGGGGGCAUGUCAGGUUACUCUCUGACUGGGCGCUCCUACACCUCCUACCCAUCCUCUCUGGUUCUGUCCACUGGCGGCUCUCGCUCCUCCAGUCUGCGCUCAGCGCACACGGCACAUAACCCGCUGGCCACGCUCCAAUCAGAGGGCACCACAGACACCAGCUACAAAAGCCUGGCCAAUCAAACGCCUCGGAAUGGCAGCCUGUCCUAUGACAGCCUUCUGACACCAUCCGAGAGCCCAGAGUUCGAGUCAGCUGCUCAUGAGCUGUCACCGCAGAAGCCUCGUGCUCCGUUUCCCCCAGCAACUGUAACAGGCCAGCAUGAGGUGGUGUCACCCAGUAGCCCGCUGCAGGGCUACACGUCGCCCUUCCUCUCAGCUCAGAUCGCCCAGCAGAGGGAGGGGCAGCUGCUCCAGGGCUCUGCCACUUUCUCCUCCCCCCACAGGGCCUACCUUCGUGCCGUCAGCCCACCCCCUCCUUCCUCCUCUGGGCCUCCUGAGAUCCAGCACCUGCUGCAGCAUAACCAGGACUCCUCUUCCCGAGCCCCUCGUAACCUCUCCUCCUCAUCCUCUUCCCCCGGGGCUCGCUCACUAGAGCCCCCUGUCUCCCCGCCACCUCGCGGCCUCUCCCUCGGCAAGUCCCAGUCUUACAUUGGGGAGGCAGGGCCUCAGUACAAGCCUCGGCCCGCAGGAGGAGGCACUGUGCUGGGAGGGGGAGGAGCUGGAGGAGGGCAACAGGCUCCACAAUCCACCUCUCGCCCAGUCUUGGCCAAUCACACCAUAUCCAAACCAGGGGGCGGAGUGAAGAAGGUGACAGGCGUCGGAGGGACCACUUACGAGAUAUCGGUUUGAGUGACGGACAUCCUUCACGGUCUAUCACAAGGAAGGGGGAAAAAGUCAUCGGACUACUUCCUCUCCUCACCUGAGCUGGACAUUAUUCACGCCUGCAGGCUCCUGAAAAAUGACUGUUUUCCACUGCAAAGGACUAAAGGAGCAGGCCUGUCUGGUACUCACUUUGUUAUGUUUGUAACACCACUGGCCACUCUCCUCUGCUCGCCUUUCAAAGUUGAACAAAGAGUAAAAGGGGACACUGGUUCAUUUUUUUUCACAGGAUCAAGUUGUCUCCAUUUCGCCACUUUGUGAGCCAUAGACUGAUGUGACUGUAUCAUCGCGGCUGGGUACAGAUAUGUCUAUAGAACACGCAUAGCUAUUCAAUGAUUUGCUGUUUUAUUUGGUACAUUAGCACACAGAGUAUUGACCACCGUGUCCGACACUUAAGGAGAGGAUGGCCUUUAUCCAGUGGAAUUUUAAGAGGGAGGAUUUUGGACUGUUGACCAAUAGAAACGUCUUCUCCACUGUCUGAACGGACCACACAACCUGUUUAUCGAUGAGUCAUGGAGAGUCCAACCUAUAAACACAGUAUCAUUUUAGUUUUAUAAAUCUUCUUUUUUUUAAAAAAUAUUGUUUUAUAUAAAUGUAUAAAAUCUUACAGAUUAUUAUUAUUGGGUCAACUUGUCAGGUAUUGGAGAUGAUUAUGGAUGAGGUUGGAAGAUGAACUGUGUGUAAUAUUAUUCAUGAAAGCGAUUUCAAAUCAGUUGCCUGUUUGUAUUUAAUGGCUGCAUCAGCCACUCAUGAGCUCUUGCUGGAAUUUUCAUCGUCCAAAGAGAAAGACGAUCGUUUGGUGGAAAGCUGAAGUGGCAAAUAAUUGAGCUUAAUUUUUUCUUUUUUCUUUUUUUUUUUUGGAAAGCCACAAAGAAAUUCUGAAUCACGAUUGCAGCACAAGUAUCUUUGUGGAAUGUACGCUUGUAAUGUUUAUGCUAGAGACAUUAUGCAAAAUCUGUUAGUAGCUUUAAGAUCAUCCUAUGUCUUUUUGGUGUUUAUUUUUCUUUUCUUUUCUUUUUUUCUGUAAUGUUUUUGUCUGUCAAUCAAUCAAAAUGCUAGCAGGACCUUAAACCUUUAACAGACGGCCAGCCAAAUAGGGGCAGCGAGGGAAGGGCUUAUUUAUUUCACCAGACAAGACAACCUUGUAGUUUUGGGCACCAUUUUAAACCAGUCUCCACCAGUUUGAUUUCUUUCUUUUUUUUGAGAAAAGAUGAGAAAGUAUGAAUAUUUUUUAUGAAAAAAAAAAAACUUUAUAAAUGAAAUUGUAAAUGUGAUAUGCCACUGAAUAGAAUUUCAAGCGGGGACUGGUUUGUAUUGGAGACUGUGUUGAUUUUUUUGCCUUGAGACCAUUCAUAGUAAAGCAUGCACAUUUUUAUUUUUUCUAUUGGUUAACAUUUUUUACACUUUACUGAGGAAAAAAAAAUGUGAGGCAGAUUAGAUUUUUUUGAUUGACUUGCUUGUUUUUUCAAAACUUCUGUAAAAGGUACAGUUAUUUUUUUUACUCACAGCCAUGUUAAGAAAAAAAUAAUUAGACGAAGGGAUGUGUGUAUGGGUGUUUGACGAUCGGGCAUUACGGUUAAGGUUUUAUUUAUUUUAAUUUUUUUCUGUCGAGAACUACAGCGGUGUUAGCAGUAGAAUGUCAAAGCUGGCUGAAUGUAGCACGUCUUUGGGGGAGAAGUACACGCUUGAAGCACACAAGUAUCAUCGUUCAACCCAAGAGACCGUGUUACGAAUUUUCAACCCUCCCAGGCUAUGUCUUCGGUGUGCAUGUGACUUUUGUUUGUCGUGCUGAAUGCUUCACUGGCGUGCGUACUUGUGAGAAUAUUGUCAAAAGCCCACCUGGUUGAUGUGUGGGUGGCAACAAGAAAAGAAGCAUCACUAAUGGCACGGGCAGCCGUCGUACAGAGAUAAAGAGAACCUGUGUUACUUUUCUUCCUUUCUGGCCAAGGAUGAUGGCCGCUGAACAAUUUGAAACUAUGUGAGUACAGUGAGUAUACUUCUAUGUGAGAUAAAAUAUCGCUAUUGUGGGCUGUGAUGAAUGGAACGAGUUUCACAAAUAUCUGUAACAAGUACAUUAAAAACAUUUCCAAAAUGG